CCUGUCUUGAUGCCCCAGUGUCCCUGCAGGUCCUAGAGGCGGCUGCAGCUGGGAUGGCUGCUCCAGCAUCUCCAAGGGCCGCAGGCGGUCCCGCCCCAUGGGGGGCGCCCUAGGCCUCUGACAGCCCACGUCUGCACUCCGCCCACCCAUCCUCAGGCCACUCGCCAUGGGCGGCUGCUUCUCCAAGCCCAAGCCAGUGGAGCUCAAGAUCGAGGUGGUGCUGCCCGAGAAGGAGCGGGGCAAGGAGGAGCUGUCGGCCAGCGGGAAGGGCAGCCCUCGGUCCUACCAGGGCAACGGCACAGCCCGCCACUUCCAUGCCGAGGAGCGCCUGCCCACGCCUCACCCCUACCCCGGCGCCCAGGACUGCGUGGAGGCUGCCGUCUGCCACGUCAAGGACCUGGAGAAUGGCCAGAUGCGGGAAGUGGAGCUGGGCUGGGGGAAGGUGUUGCUGGUGAAGGACAACGGGGAAUUCCACGCCCUGGGCCACAAGUGUCCCCACUACGGCGCACCCCUGGUGAAAGGCGUGCUGUCCCGUGGUCGAGUGCGCUGCCCCUGGCAUGGUGCCUGCUUCAACAUCAGCACUGGGGACCUGGAGGACUUCCCGGGCCUGGACAGUCUGCACAAGUUCCAGGUGAAGAUUGAGAAGGAGAAGGUGUACGUCCGGGCCAGCAAACAGGCCCUGCAGCUGCAGCGAAGGACCAAGGUGAUGGCCAAGUGUAUCUCUCCAAGUGCUGGGCACAGUGGCAGCACCAACGUGCUCAUUGUGGGUGCAGGUGCAGCUGGCCUGGUGUGUGCGGAGACGCUGCGGCAGGAGGGCUUCUCGGACCGGAUCGUCUUGUGCACGCUGGACCGGCACCUCCCCUAUGACCGGCCCAAGCUCAGCAAGUCCCUGGACGCACAGCCUGAGCAGCUGGCCCUGAGGCCCAAGGAGUUCUUCCGAGCCUAUGGCAUCGAGGUGCUCACCGAGGCCCAGGUGGUCACAGUGGACGUGAGAAACAAGAAGGUUGUGUUCAAGGAUGGCUUCAAGCUGGAGUACAGCAAGCUGCUGCUGGCGCCAGGGAGCAGCCCUAAGACCCUGGGCUGCAAAGGCAAAGAGGUGGAGAACGUGUUCACCAUCCGGACGCCAGAGGAUGCCAAUCGCGUGGUGAGGCUGGCCCGAGGCCGCAAUGCGGUCGUCGUGGGAGCUGGCUUCCUGGGGAUGGAGGUGGCCGCUUAUCUGACCGAGAAGGCGCACUCGGUGUCUGUGGUGGAGCUGGAGGAGACGCCCUUCAGGAGGUUCCUGGGGGAGCGCGUGGGGCGCGCCCUGAUGAAGAUGUUCGAGAACAACCGGGUGAAGUUCUACAUGCAGACAGAGGUGUCGGAGCUGCGGGCCCAGGAGGGAAAGCUGAAGGAGGUCGUGCUGAAGAGCAGCAAGGUCGUGCGGGCUGACGUCUGCGUGGUGGGCAUCGGUGCGGUGCCCGCCACGGGCUUCCUGAGGCAGAGCGGCAUUGGUCUGGAUUCCCGAGGCUUCAUCCCUGUCAACAAGAUGAUGCAGACCAACGUCCCAGGUGUGUUUGCGGCUGGCGAUGCUGUCACCUUCCCCCUUGCUUGGAGGAACAAUCGGAAAGUGAACAUCCCUCACUGGCAGAUGGCUCAUGCCCAGGGGCGCGUGGCGGCCCAGAACAUGCUGGCACAGGAGGCGGAGAUCAGCACGGUGCCCUACCUCUGGACGGCCAUGUUCGGCAAGAGCCUGCGCUACGCGGGCUACGGAGAAGGCUUCGACGACGUCAUCAUCCAGGGGGAUCUGGAGGAGCUGAAGUUUGUGGCUUUUUACACCAAAGGCGACGAGGUGAUCGCUGUGGCCAGCAUGAAUUACGAUCCCAUCGUGUCCAAGGUGGCUGAGGUGCUGGCCUCUGGCCGUGCCAUCCGGAAGCGGGAGGUGGAGACUGGCGACAUGUCUUGGCUCACAGGGAAAGGAUCCUGAGCUCGAAUGCAGUGGACUUGGGCAGGCACAGUGGGGUCCCAGGGACAGAGGCCAAGGCCUGGGGGCAGGUGCCAAUCUCCAAUUUCCCAGGAUCCCCCAGGGCAGAACCUGAGCCCUCACGGUGCUUGCCUUCCACUGCCUGGCUCCCCUCCAGGGAGGCCUCUGCUGCCUCCAGAAGACGUUCACCCCCCAAGGCCACUGCUGCCACUGAUAGCUGGCACUGGAGGCAGGACAGGCCCUGCCUCUUCUCCCUCUGUUGGGACUGGUCCCCUGCAGGACCUUGCAACAUGUUAGACAUUAUCUUAAAAUUAAAACGUACAUAUUUGCAGAUC